ACACCUGUUGCAGAGCCACUCUCUGCCACCACCCACCACCUCCACCCCCACCGUCGGCGGCGGCGGUGGCGCGCGCACGGUCGAUGUCGCCUCGUCGCCGAUCAAUGCGGUGUGCCUCCGUCGGCGGCCGGGUGGCGGGUCGGCCAGUCGGCACGCUCGCGUCAACAUGUUCGGCUGGUGCGGUCUGCCGGAGCUCUCUGAAGCGCUGGGCACCGCCGCCGACAAGUGCACCAGUCCAUCCUGCUGCUGCGGCCUGUGCUCUGCUCUCCGACCGAGAUGGAAGCGACUGGUGGACAACAUCUACCCCGUCAACCCGCAGGAUGGGCUGGUCAAGUCGAACAUGAAGAAGCUGACCAACUACGUGCACUUGUCUCCGGAAAAGUUGGACAGGAUCGGAGAGUACCUCGAGUCGAGGGUCAGCCGGGACAUCUACCGACGGCGCACCGG